AAUGGGAGGGCGUCGUCCCGGCCCUCUCCCUUUUUCUGGGGCUAAGGACACCUCCUCCUCACUGCGUUCUCCACCGCUUGCCGCGCGGCUUGUCGCUGGCCGGUAGCUCUGCCUGAACGCGGGACUGACUCCGGCACCCGCAUCUCCUUGCGCUCUUCCCCCUCACAGCCGCCGCUGCUCACCAGCAUCCCACCCCUCACCCACGCCGCGUCUAAGCGGCCCCACUGAGUCCCGACGCCGGGCCCCGCAGUACAGGGGUACCAGGCCAGCCUAUGGAGAAUCCCAGAUAACGCGAGUUGGGGGCGCCCACGCCCCCCAUCCCCGCCAGCAUGGCUCGGCCGCCGCCACUCCAGGAGCUGCCCCCUGUCUAUACACCCCCAGCUCGACCCGCAUCACCCCAGAUCCUAGCUGGGAGCCUAAAGGCUCCACUCUGGCUUCGUGCUUACUUCCAGGGCCUGCUCUUCUCUCUGGGCUGCGGGAUCCAGAGACACUGUGGCAAAGUGCUCUUCCUGGGCCUGUUGGCCUUUGGAGCCCUGGCACUGGGUCUCCGUGUGGCCAUCAUUGAGACAGACCUAGAACAGCUCUGGGUGGAAGUGGGCAGCCGGGUGAGCCAGGAGUUGCAUUACACCAAGGAGAAGCUGGGGGAGGAGGCUGCGUACACCUCCCAGAUGUUGAUACAGACCCCACACCAGGAGGGGGAGAACAUCCUCACGCCUGAGGCACUGGGCCUCCACCUCCAGGCAGCCCUUGCAGCCAGUAAAGUGCAAGUAUCACUCUAUGGAAAGUCCUGGGAUUUGAAUAAAAUCUGCUACAAGUCAGGAAUUCCCCUAAUUGAAAAUGGAAUGAUUGAGCGGAUGAUUGAGAAGCUGUUUCCGUGCGUGAUCCUCACCCCCCUCGACUGCUUCUGGGAGGGAGCCAAACUCCAAGGGGGCUCUGCCUACUUGCCUGGUCGUCCUGACAUCCAGUGGACCAACCUGGAUCCAGAGCAGCUGCUCAAGGAGUUGGGCCCUUUUGCCUCCCUUGAGGGCUUCCGGGAGCUGUUAGACAAGGCACAGGUGGGCCAGGCCUAUGUGGGGCGGCCCUGUCUGCACCCUGAUGACCUCCACUGCCCACCUACUGCCCCUAACCAUCACAGCAAGCAGGCUCCCAAUGUGGCUCAGGAGUUGAACGGUGGCUGCCAUGGCUUCUCCCACAAGUUCAUGCACUGGCAGGAGGAACUGCUGCUGGGGGGCAUGGCCAGAGACGCCCAAGGACAGCUGCUAAGGGCAGAAGCCCUGCAGAGCACCUUCUUGCUGAUGAGUCCCCGCCAGCUGUAUGAGCACUUCCGAGGCGACUACCAGACACACGACAUCGGCUGGAGCGAGGAGCAGGCUGGCACAGUGCUGCGGGCCUGGCAGCGGCGCUUUGUGCAGCUGGCCCAGGAGGCCCUGCCUCAGAAUUCAUCCCAGCAGAUCCAUGCCUUCUCCUCCACCACCCUGGAUGACAUCCUGCACGCUUUCUCUGAAGUCAGUGCUGCCCGUGUAGUGGGAGGCUAUCUGCUCAUGCUAGCCUAUGCCUGUGUGACGAUGCUGCGCUGGGACUGUGCCCAGUCCCAGGGUGCUGUAGGCCUUGCAGGGGUGCUGCUGGUAGCCCUGGCAGUGGCCUCGGGCCUCGGGCUCUGUGCCCUGCUUGGCAUCGCCUUCAACGCUGCCACUACCCAGGUGCUGCCCUUCUUGGCACUGGGCAUCGGUGUGGAUGACAUAUUCCUGCUGGCACAUGCCUUCACAGAGGCUCCACCUGGCACCCCUCUCCAGGAGCGCACAGGCGAGUGUCUGCGGCGCACAGGUACCAGCGUCGCACUCACAUCCAUCAACCACAUGGUUGCCUUCUUCAUGGCUGCCCUAGUUCCCAUCCCUGCACUGCGGGCCUUCUCCUUGCAGGCGGCCAUAGUGGUUGGCUGCAACUUUGCAGCCGUGAUGCUUGUCUUCCCGGCGGUCCUCAGCCUGGACCUGCAUCGGCGCCACUGCCAGCGCCUCGACGUACUCUGCUGUUUCUCCAGGUACCGUCCCUGCAUCCGCACCCCACCAGGCCUCAUCUCCUCAGGCCCCAUCACUUCCUGUCCCCUCACCAGCAUUUCCACAGACCUGCCACCCCCACUCUCUGCCUCUUCCAGCCCCUGCUCUGCCCGCGUGAUUCAGAUUCUGCCCCAGGAACUAGGGGAUAGGACAGUACCAGUGGGCAUUGCCCACCUGACUGCCACAGUUCAAGCCUUUGCCCACUGUGAAGCCAGCAGCCAGCAUGUCGUCACCAUCCUGCCUCCCCGGGCCCACUUGGUGCCCCCACCUUCUGACCCACUGGGCUCUGAGCUCUUCAGCCCAGGAGGGUCCACACGGGACCUUCUAGGCCAAGAGGAGGGGACAAGGCAAAAGGCAACGUGCAAUUCCCUGCCCUGUGCCCGCUGGAAUCUUGCUCAUUUCGCCCGCUAUCAUUUUGCACCCUUGCUGCUGCAGUCACACAGCAAGGCCAUGGUGCUGGUGCUCUUUGGGGCUCUUCUGGGCCUGAGCCUCUACGGAGCAACCUUGGUGCAGGAUGGGCUGGCCCUGACAGAUGUGGUGCCUCGAGGCACCAAGGAGCAUGCCUUCCUGAGCGCCCAGCUCAGGUACUUCUCCCUGUACGAGGUGGCCCUGGUGACACAGGGUGGCUUUGACUACGCCCACUCCCAACGCGCCCUCUUUGAUCUGCACCAGCGCUUCAGUUCUCUCAAGGCCGUGCUGCCCCCGCCUGCCACCCAGGCGCCCCGUACCUGGCUGCACUAUUACCGCAACUGGCUACAGGGAAUCCAGGCCGCGUUUGACCAGGACUGGGCUUCUGGGCGCAUUACCCGCCAUUCAUGCCGCAAUGGCUCUGAGGAUGGGGCCCUGGCCUACAAGCUGCUCAUCCAGACCGGGGAUGCCCAAGAGCCUCUGGAUUUCAGCCAGUUGACCACAAGGAAGCUAGUAGAUAAGGAGGGGCUGAUCCCACCCGAACUCUUCUACGUGGGGCUGACCAUGUGGGUAAGCAGUGACCCACUGGGCCUGGCAGCCUCACAGGCCAACUUCUACCCCCCACCUCCCGAGUGGCUGCACGACAAAUAUGACACUACGGGGGAGAACCUUCGCAUCCCAGCGGCCCAGCCCCUGGAAUUUGCCCAGUUCCCCUUCCUACUGCAUGGCCUCCAGAAGACUGCGGACUUCGUGGAGGCCAUUGAGGGGGCCCGAGCAGCGUGCACCGAGGCAGGCCGGGCCGGGGUGCGUGCCUACCCCAGUGGCUCCCCCUUCCUCUUCUGGGAGCAGUAUCUGGGCCUGCGGCGCUACUUUUUGCUGGCUAUCUGCAUCCUGCUGGUAUGCACUUUCCUCGUCUGUGCCCUGCUGCUGCUCAAUCCCUGGACGGCUGGUCUCAUAGUACUGGUCCUGGCGAUGAUGACUGUGGAGCUCUUUGGCAUCAUGGGUUUCCUGGGCAUCAAACUGAGUGCCAUCCCCGUGGUGAUCCUUGUGGCCUCUGUAGGCAUUGGUGUCGAGUUCACAGUCCAUGUGGCUCUGGGCUUCCUGACCACCCAGGGUAGCCGGAACCUGCGGGCUGCCUGUGCCCUAGAGCACACAUUUGCUCCCGUGACCGAUGGGGCCAUCUCCACAUUGCUGGGUCUGCUUAUGCUUGCUGGUUCAAACUUUGACUUCAUCAUAAGGUACUUUUUCGUGGUGCUGACAGUGCUCACACUCCUGGGCCUCCUCCAUGGGCUCAUGCUGCUGCCUGUGCUGCUGUCCAUCCUGGGCCCCCCACCAGAGGUGGUACAGAUAUACAAGGAGAGCCCAGAGGUCCUCAGCCCUCCAGCUCCACGGGAAGGAGGACUCAGGUGGGGGUUGUCCCCCACCCUGCCCCAGAGCUUUGCCAGAGUGACUACCUCCAUGACAGUGGCCCUCCACCCACCCCCGCUGCCUGGUGCCUACAUCCACCCAGCCUCUGAUGAACCCACUUGGUCCCCGGUUGCCACACCAGCUGCCAGCGGCUCCAACAACCUCAGUUCUAGGGGACCAUGCCCAGCCACUGGGUGAUAGAGCACCUGAAGCAUGGAGACCCUGCUUGGGUCACAUGAAGUCACUGGGAAGCAGUGGGUGGGUUAUUGAAUGCAGGACAGACACCUGGAGAGCCCUGCUGCUGCUGUCUGCCUGCGUUCCCUUUCCUGCCUCAGCCAUCACAGACCUCCCUGAUACCCAUGCAAAACCAGCACCCUCUGGGCUGGGAGAACAGCCUUGCACACCUGGUUCUGUGUUUGUGCCUUUCUGCGUGGGGGUAGAAGCCAGCACCUCAGGCUGCGGUUCAUCCCUUUUCUCCCCGCCCUCCCAUGUGCUACUGGCCCCUCGCAGGCCAAGCCUGGGGGAUCCUCUAGCACCCUUUGCUAGUCCUGGCCCCCCACUGCUUGGUAACUCCUGAGUAGGCCGUCUGUAUCUGCCCUCCUUCUACCACGUAAAUUAUUUAUAUGAAGAUGUUUAUUUUUGUAGUUUGUAUAGAUUUUAGCUAUGCUAAAAGUUUUAUUUUUAAAGAGUGAAAUAUAUUCUAUAUGAACUCAU